UGGCUUUUUUUUAUUCUCUUUUUUGGGCUCCAUGGUAACAGUAUAUCUCAUCUUGCCCAAGCAAGUCUCAGGAACAACACACACAAGCUUUAGUUAGUUUAAACACUGCGGAGGUGAGUUGAAUUAAUCCAGUUCCAGUCUGAUAUGUUUAAUAAAUUGACACUGGCUGAUACGAUAACUUAAAACUCUUAACAGCACACAUUCGCAACAAGAAAAAUUGGAAUUCAGACACGAACAGCAGCAGAGUUGGCGUAUUAAAUACGUGGUUAAGAUUAUUUAUAACACAGAAGUGAUUUUCACUUCUACAUUUUUAAAUCGCGUUGACGUCCAAGUUUUAAUAUGGACAUUUUCUGGUGUUUUAUAUUUUCCGUUUCAUUUUUGAUAUUGCAAUAAAACGAAUAAGACACAGCUCCACUACGCCGAGAAAUGAGCUUUUGCUGGUUCCUUUUCUUUUUCCCCACCUCCCUGUUUCGUCACCGACGCCGAAGUCCCUCCCAAAGCCGUGAAGUUCAGCGAGCCGUGUGUGUUUGAGCGUGUGUGCGCGCGCGCGCGGUUGUCUCGCGUUCAGCUGGUUCUCUGAGUAUCGCGUCAGAGCAGUGAUGAGCACGGCGUGGGCUCGCGCAGCUCACGAGGCGGUCUCCAGGUGUUAGCGAGGCCAUCUGCCGCGCUAGUAUCCGCGGGCCGGACAACUUUGUUGCUUCGUGGCGCGGAGCGGAGGGGAGGAAAGGAGGUGACGCGGGGGCCGCGGAUACCAUCAACAUGCCGCCGUACGCCAAGACCAAGAAGCCCGACGUGAAGCUCGUCAUCCUGGGGGACAUGAACGUGGGCAAGACCUCGCUGCUGCACAGGUACAUGGAGAGGAGGUUCACGGACACCAUCAGUACGGUCGGGGGGGCCUUCUUCCUGAAGCAGUGGGGGCCCUACAACAUCUCCAUAUGGGACACGGCCGGGCGGGAGCAGUUCCACGGACUCGGCUCAAUGUAUUGCCGGGGUGCCGCCGCAGUGCUCCUUACGUAUGAUGUCACUAACUGGCAGAGCUUGGCUGAACUGGAGAACCGCUUUCUGUCCCUGACGGACACCGCCAACAGUGACUGCAUCUUUGCCAUUGUGGGCAACAAGGCUGAUCUCGCUGACCCUAAAGCUCUUGUGGUUGAACAAGAGCCGGAAGAAGAAGGCUCCUCGCUCCCGUGUCCAACCCCUCCAGCAUCCCCCAUCGCUCACAAGCAGGUCCACAAAGAAGAUGCGAUGGCCCUGUACAACCGCAUCCUGAGGUACAAGAUGCUGGAUGAGCACAUCAGCUUUCCAGCGGAGAAGAUGUGCUUUGAGACCAGCGCCAAGACGGGUUACAAUGUGGACCUGCUGUUUGAGACACUAUUCGACAUGGUCCUUCCCUCUAUAAUGAAGAAUCGGUCAGAAAGAAGUUCUCCCACGGUGGACCUGGAGGAGCCCUUAGAUGUGAAAAGGACUAAGACGGGCUGCUGUGUGUGACCUCUGUUGCUGGUUGUAUUGUUAUACACACAAGGUGACAUGUUGGGGGGUCACUGUUGGCUGCUGUCAAGAGUUGCUUGAGCAUUUAACUGUAGCCAUGCACACUCCUUUGCAUCCAAAGCCUGUUUUUUGCUGAAAAUCACAAUUCUGUUCUUUUGAAGAGGAAAAAGGUUGAGAGUAUUAAUCCUGAAUGCAUCUCACGGUGUUGAAUUUUUUUUUUCUGGCAAUUACACACCAGGUGGCACAAAGAUGUACAAAUAUCACAUUGGUUUGCCUAGUAAAUGCUCAUUAGAUGAAAAUGUGAAAUGUUCUGCCAACCCAAAUUUCACCCAUAAGCCUAUGAAUCACUCAUAAUCUUGCUGCUGUUCACUGCAACAUGUAGCCUAAAUCACAUAGUUUUUAGGAAAUUGGAUUUUAUUCUAAAGACAAAUUAUUGUACGUCUUCAGUAUGCUUUUUUACAUUAAUUUAUACAUAAUCUGUACUGCAAUGUGAAAGUAUUAAUGCUGUCAAUUUUAAAACUAUUUUCAUUGUUAAUUAAAGAAUUAAAACUAAGUUCCAGUGGCUUAUUUACACUUAAGGCUCACGUGUGUGCGGAAUAAAUCCCAGGUGAAGCAGAGGUGUAGGAGGUCAUUAAGUCCUUGAGGGCUACAGAGUCUGCUGGGUUUCAUGGCCAUGUAUAUCUUUAAUUGUGCAACUAUUUAUCCAGUAGUUGCUUGAAUUAUUUUUCCCUUUUUAGUCAGAAAACUACUAGCUGGAUGGUAAUGCUAUUUUGUGUACACUCAAACCCAUCAAGGAACACCAAUGUACAACUAUCCUGGGACCUGCUGCUGGAGCAGCA